AAACGCGGAUCACGUCGCAGGGAGGCGGGGGCAGCUGGAGGGGAAGAGCCAGGCCCAGGCCGAGCCAGCGCUUCUGCAGCGGCAGCGGCCUCCUUCCCUCCCUGCUCCCCCAGGCAGGCAGGCAGGCUCGCUCGCUCGCUCGCUCGGCCAGCAACAAGUGCGGAGGCAAGCGAGGCGAGGGAGGGCGAAGGCUGACGUCAGCGAGCAGAGUAUUAUGGUCUGGGCUGCGCUGGCUGCUGCCUCCGCCGCCGCUCCUGCCCCCGCCGCCGCUUUUCUGCUGCCAGCGGCCGAGUAAACAUGGAGCUCUCCGCCGUGGGAGAGAGGGUGUUCGCGGCCGAGGCCUUGCUCAAGAGACGCAUCCGCAAAGGUCGUAUGGAGUAUCUCGUGAAAUGGAAAGGCUGGUCUCAGAAAUACAGCACUUGGGAACCUGAGGAAAACAUUCUAGAUGCCCGCCUGCUUGCAGCUUUUGAGGAAAGGGAAAGAGAAAUGGAACUUUAUGGUCCUAAGAAAAGAGGUCCCAAACCCAAAACCUUCCUGUUAAAGGCCCAGGCAAAAGCCAAAGCCAAAACCUAUGAAUUCCGUAGUGACUCUGCUAGGGGAAUCCGGGUGCCUUAUCCGGGAAGGUCCCCUCAGGAGCUGGGCUCUACUUCCCGGGCAAGAGAAGGACUGAGACAAAUUCCCCUGCCCCCUCAAAGCAGCUCCACCACUGUUACCACCAACACCUCCCGAGUGGAGACAAUACAGGAAAACAGGGUUGGGUUAGAGGAAGACCGAUCUGAAGGAGCCUUUAAAAAGCGAGGCCCAAAACCCAGGAAGGAGCUUUACAAAGACCUGCCAGAGACUGCAGAUGUUGCCUCCAAGAGGAAAUCAGUGGAAGCAGGGGAAAAGGUGGUGGUUGACUACCUAAAAGCCAGAAAGUUGGAAGAGGCAGCCAAUCCUGGUGUGGCCAAGUUCAGUCCAGGACACAGUGUGAUCCAGUUAGCCCGGAGGCGGGAGCCUGAGUUACCCAAUGCUGUUUCUACCCCCAGAGCAGAAGCUGGCAUGAAGCUGGGUGCCCCUGAGACUUAUCCUCCCAGACUAACCAAGCACAGGGCAGAUUUCCUGGAUCCGAAAGGGCAAAGUGGUUUGGACUUGGGUGCCCCUAAGAUUUUGCACAGUUCUGCAAACCAAGGCGGCUUAUACCGAGAUGGGAUAGGGACCCAGGCUGGCAGGCCUUCCCUCAUUGCCCGCAUCCCUGUCUCCAGGAUCCUUGGGGACCCAGAAGAAGAAACUUGGAGCCCGUCUCUCAACAACUUGGAGAAAGUGGUUGUGACUGAUGUGACAUCAAAUUUCUUGACGGUUACCAUUAAGGAGAGUAGCACAGACCAAGGGUUCUUUAAGGAAAAGCGAUGAAUUCCUUGGAGAAGAGGAGGCAUUUAAAGGGUUUGGGUAGAGGCUGGCUGGUUUUGGUUUUCUUUCCUUUUCCUUUUUCGUGGACAGGAUAAAAGUAUCUGUCCUUAAUUCAUCCCCCCCCCCGCCACCAAUUACAGUUUUGGUUGAAAAGAUUAUCUCUAGAGUUAUAUUUUCUAUUAGAUGUAAAUAUGUUAUUUAAAGAAAAAUACAUAUAUAUAUCUAUAUACAUAUAUAUAUAUAUAUAUUUCAACUCUAAGUUUUGUUUUGUUUUAAUUUAAGGCUCUUGGAGAAGGACAGUCAAAUGGAGAACUGGUGUAUCUCUUGCCCCAUUUGCAAGAGCAGGUGUAGAUAGUGAAUGACCUUAUUAGCUAAUUAUAACAUCUUGAUUUAAUUUUUUUCAAUAUUUUCCCUUCCCUUCCCCCAAAGAUGAUGUUGAUGGCAAAUAGGGGAUAAUGUAUUCAUUGGGGGCAAAAAGGCUCCAGUUUCUUGAUUGUUAUAUUAUAAGGUGUUGCUUUGUACAAUCAAGUGUGCUGUAUACACAACUGUUCUAGCUGGGCAGCUGAAGUGAGCACUUGACUUUACAGUAUUGUCUUUCUUUUUGUUUUGCUCCAAUUUAAAAAAAAAGUUGUUGGCUUAAAAAGUGUCGAUUAAAAAACAGUUGAAAGAUG